AGGCGGCGGCGGGCACGGAGCCCUGGCCGCGCGGGACUGGCCGUCGGGGCCCCGGGACGGCGGCCCCGGGGCGCCCAUGCCAUGGAGAAGCUGGCGGCAGGGCUGGCCGGCCUGCGCUGGAGCUUGGGCGCCUUCCCGCUCGACCUCAUCGUCAGCCGCUGCCGCCUGCCCACGCUCGCCUGCCUCGGGCCAGGGGAGUAUGCUGAGGGCGUUAGUGAGCGAGAUAUCCUGCUUAUCCAUUCCUGCCGCCAGUGGACAACGGUGACAGCCCACACGCUGGAGGAGGGCCACUAUGUCAUCGGGCCCAAAAUCGACAUCCCCCUGCAGUACCCAGGGAAAUUCAAGCUCCUGGAGCAGGCCCGGGAUGUGCGGGAGCCUGUGAGGUACUUCAGCAGCGUGGAGGAGGUGGCCAGUGUCUUCCCUGACCGCAUCUUUGUGAUGGAAGCCAUCACCUUCAGCGUCAAGGUGGUGUCGGGCGAGUUCAGCGAGGACAGCGAGGUGUACAACUUCACGCUGCACGCGGGUGACGAGCUCACGCUCAUGGGCCAGGCGGAGAUCCUGUGUGCCAAGACCACCAAGGAGCGCUCGCGCUUCACCACACUGCUGCGCAAGCUGGGCCGCGCCGGGGCGCUGGCCGGGGUGGGCGGCGGCCUGGGGGGCGCAGGGACGGCGGGCGGCGGCAGGCCUGUCAAAGGCAAGAUGCCCUGCCUCAUCUGCAUGAACCACCGCACCAACGAGAGCCUGAGCCUGCCCUUCCAGUGCCAGGGCCGCUUCAGCACGCGCAGCCCGCUGGAGCUGCAGAUGCAGGAAGGCGAGCACACGGUGCGCGCCAUCAUCGAGCGCGUGCGGCUGCCGGUGAACGUGCUGGUGCCCAGCCGGCCGCCGCGCAACCCUUACGACCUGCACCCGGUGCGGGAGGGCCACUGCUACAAGCUGGUCAGCAUCAUCUCCAAGACCGUGGUGCUGGGGCUGGCGCUGCGCCGCGAGGGCCCAGCGCCGCUGCACUUCCUGCUGCUCACCGACGCGCCGCGCUUCGCGCUGCCUCAGGGCCUGCUGGCCGGGGACCCGCGCGUCGAGCGCCUGGUGCGCGACAGCGCCUCCUACUGCCGCGAGCGCUUCGACCCGGACGAGUACUCCACGGCCGUGCGCGAGGCACCCGCAGAGCUCGCCGACGACUGCGCCAGCCCGCGCCGCGCGCGCCUCUGCCUGCCCGCGCCGCGCGCCCCUGGGCCCGUGCGCGCUCCCGUUCCGGCCCCGCCCGCGCCCCCGGGAGACGGCGACCAGGAGUACGUGAACCCUGACUGGGCCGGCGCGCCCGAGCCUGUCCCCGCCGCGCAGCCCGCCGAGAUCCCCUACGAGGAGCUCUGGGCGCACCAGGCGCCCGAGGCCCUCGCCCGGCUCCCAGGCCCCGACCUCAUCUCCUUCGGGGCCGUCCCGCCGCCGCCGCGUCGCGAGCCCGAGGCGCCGCCUCCUCCCGUCCCCCCCAAGUCCGAGGCGGUGAAGGAGGAGUGCCGCCUGCUCAACGCGCCGCCUGUGCCGCCCCGGGGGGCCAGUGGCCGGCUGGCGGGCAGCCCCCCUGUGCCGCCCCGCUUCCCCAAGCUGCAGCCUGUCCACUCGCCCAGCUCCAGCCUCUCCUACUACUCCUCUGGCCUCCAGGAUGGGGCAGGUUCCCGCAGUGGCAGUGGCUCCCCAUCCCCGGAUGCCUACUCCCUCUAUUGCUACCCUUGUACCUGGGGAGACUGCAAGGUGGGCGAGUCUUCCGGCUGCCUACCCCCAGGACCCCCGGCCUCGACAACCACGCAGCCCAGCCAGGCCUCGAGGGCCCUCACAGAGCCCCUGGGCAGUCGCACCACUUCCCUCUUGGGCGCUGACACCUUGCUCAAGACCUGCCAUGGCUGCCCUCCUCUGUUCAAGCCCUCUCAUCCCCAGAAACGCUUUGCCCCGCUGGGAGCUCUCAACCCUUUCUCGGGGCCUGCCUACCCCACGGGCCCUCCUGCAGCCUCCUCUGGGCCCACAACCACCUCGGGCUCCCUGGCUACCUCCAGCCCUGGGCAUUCCCCUGGACCGGCCUCGCCAGGCCGGGGCUAUUCCACUGUUCCGUCUGCCUCCCUGGCGUCCUCUGAGUGGCAGGAACCGGCCCUGGAGCCCUUGGACCCCUUCGAGCUGGGCCAGGGAAGCUCUCCGGAGCCCGGGCUGCUGUGCUGCCAGGAGCCCAGAGCUGGGGGGGCACCCGGGCCUGGACCCCGCCUUUCGCCACUUGGUCCCUCCAAGGCUUUCGAGCCUGAAGGUUUGGUGCUGAGGCAGGUGCCCACCCCACUGUCACCAGCUGCUCUGCAGGGGCCUGAGGUGGGAGGAGCCCACCUCUUUCUCAGCCAAGGGCGCUUGGAGGGGCCUCUUGCAAGUCCCAAGGACGCCCCCUCCUGGCAGCCCCCCGCGGACCUGUCGGCGCUCUCCCUGGAGGAAGUCUCCCGCAGCCUGCGAUUCAUCGGGCUCUCGGAGGACGUGGUGAGCUUCUUUGCCCGAGAGCGCAUUGAUGGGAGCAUCUUUGUGCAGCUCAGCGAGGACAUCUUGGCAGACGACUUCCACCUCACCAAGCUGCAGGUCAAGAAGAUCAUGCAGUUCAUCAAGGGCUGGCGACCCAAGAUCUGAGCUGAGGCAUGGGGCUGCACUGCUUCAGUGCUGGCGAGGUCUGAGGAAGGCACUCCCGGAGGCCCGGGUCCUGCCUGCCCAAGAAUCUGCCAUGACCCAGUCACUCAGUAGCCACUCAGUGAUCCGGGGAGACACACUGGACCCUGCAGGGGACAUCCUUACUUUGUGCAGAGUAUGUGGGGAGGGGUGGAGGCACUACUGUGCACCUGGCCUGGUGAGGCAUUUGCUGGGAUUCCCCAGGUGUGUGUGUGCGUGUGUGUGUGUGUGUGUGUGUGUGUGUGUGUGUGUGUGAGAGAGAGAGAGAGAGAGAGAGAGGGAGAGAGGGAGAGAGGGAGAGAGAGAGGAGGUGGCCUUCACAGUGACAGAUCACCUUCCUUGGCCCUGCUGCAGCCUUUCACAGAUGCCUCGAAGUUCUCAACCCUGUAGGUUCGGGUUAGAGACAUGGGAAGAAAAUGCGGUCCAUAAUUGAAGCACAGAUUCCCAAGUGCCCACUCUCCUUUGUGCUCCAUGGGCUUUGCCCUACAGCUGCCCCAGUCAGGGGUGCGACUUCUUGUUUCUGGGUGCCUUUGCUUCCCUCUGCUCUCCUCGGUGCAGGUGCCUGGCCCUGAGCACGGGAGACUCCAGUACAGGCCUGUGCUCAGCACCUCCACGGCCGUACUCUGGACCCAGCUUUGCUGCUGACCUCUCUUAGGGAGGCAGAUGCUCCCUGGCCACCUCUAGUGCCCCAGCUCCUGGCUGGCUGUCCUGUCGGUGUGACUCAGACUCCACAGGAGAGCAGCUGGAUUUAGGACAGUUACUCCUCAGCCCCAGAAACAAGUAGGGGCUGAUCACACCAUUCCCAUCGUCUCUUUCCCCCAGCAUUGCCUCUGAUGAGCACUGCAUCCUCCUCUGGUUUUCUGUCACUGGCUUAGGGUACAGUGGGCUUGGGGGACACCGCCUUUCCUGGAGCUCAGUGCUGUGCUAUUGACAUGCUUCAGAGAUCUUUGUGCCUUUCAACUUUUCCUUUUUAUAGUGAUACUGGGGAUUGAACCCAGGGGUUCAUGCCCACUAGACAAAUGCUCUGCCACUGAACUACAUCUCUGCCUGGCUCUUUUUAGAUUUUUUGAGACAGUCUUGCUAAAUUGUCCAGGCUGCUUCAAACUUACGAUCUUCCUGAGCUGGGACUACAGAUGUGUGCCACUGUGCCUGGCAAGUGCCCUUCAAUCUUGAGCUUUUGACCUGCUUGGCAUCCAGAGCUCUGAUCUUUGUGUACACCCCCAGCCCACCAACCAGAGCCAUGCCACUUCUCAUGCCCACUGGUCUCAGGGCCCAGAGGGGCAGCCCUCUCCUCUGCCUUACAGAGUCUGCCUAGAUAUUUAUUUCCGGUUUUCUUAGAAGUAGCUAAGCCGUGCUGGCGCCCUGCCCUUAUCAGGCUGCCCCAGCUCUGGGGGAAGGAAGUCAGAGUAGAGCACAGAAACUGUGAUGCUGAGAUACUUGGUUUUCUCACAGAUGGUUUAUUGAAUCCUCAAGGACUGGUGAGGUGAAAUAAACGCUAGACCACCGAAGAGAGUGCAAGUGGAA